AGCCGCCAACAAACAGCAAAUGCCGGCGCGGUUGAGCGGGAGUCAGCCAUGGACUGGAAAGGAGCGCUUCGCCGGAGGCUAGCGGCUCCCCGCCGGGAUCGGAGGGGGUCUCCUCAUGUACCCCAUGCAGGCCUCCAACUCACGUCCUGUACCAGCCCCCCAAAUGCUUUCUACAUUUUUAGCGUCACUGAUCUGAUCCAUUUUAGGUUUUGCAAUUCGUUUUUCCUUGUCCCUUUUCUCUGCCUUCCUCACACUUGCCUGAUAACUAACUUACCAUUUCCACACCUGCACUCCUGGGCGUUUGCACUUGGCUGGAGAGAAACAACCCUAAAAAAAAAAGUGAACAAGAACUAAAAGAUGAAGAAAUGGAUUUAUUUACCAAAUACUACUCAGAAUGGAAAGGUGGUAGAAAAAACACAAAUGAAUUCUAUAAGACCAUUCCCCGAUUUUAUUAUAGGUUGCCAGCUGAAGAUGAAGUCUUACUACAGAAACUAAGAGAGGAAUCCAGAGCUGUCUUUCUACAAAGGAAAAGCAGAGAACUUUUAGAUAAUGAGGAAUUACAGAACUUAUGGUUUUUGCUGGAUAAACACCAGACACCACCUAUGAUUGGAGAGGAAGCAAUGAUCAAUUAUGAAAAUUUUUUGAAGGUUGGCGAAAAGGCUGGACCAAAGUGCAAGCAAUUUUUUACUGCAAAAGUCUUUGCUAAACUCCUUCAUACAGAUUCAUAUGGAAGAAUUUCCAUCAUGCAGUUCUUUAACUAUGUCAUGCGAAAAGUUUGGCUUCAUCAAACAAGAAUAGGACUCAGUUUAUAUGAUGUUGCUGGACAAGGAUACCUUCGAGAAUCUGAUUUAGAAAACUACAUUUUGGAACUUAUCCCUACUUUGCCACAACUAGAUGGACUGGAAAAAUCCUUUUAUUCUUUUUAUGUUUGUACAGCAGUUAGGAAGUUCUUCUUCUUUUUGGAUCCUCUAAGAACAGGGAAGAUAAAAAUUCAAGAUAUUUUAGCAUGUAGCUUCCUAGAUGAUUUACUUGAGCUAAGGGACGAGGAACUGUCCAAAGAGAGCCAAGAAACAAAUUGGUUUUCUGCUCCUUCUGCCCUAAGGGUUUAUGGUCAGUAUUUGAAUCUUGAUAAGGAUCACAAUGGUAUGCUCAGUAAAGAAGAACUCUCUCGCUAUGGAACAGCAACAAUGACCAAUGUCUUCUUAGAUCGAGUUUUCCAAGAGUGUCUCACUUAUGAUGGAGAAAUGGACUAUAAGACGUACUUGGACUUUGUUCUUGCCUUAGAAAACAGAAAGGAACCUGCUGCUCUGCAAUAUAUUUUCAAACUGCUUGAUAUUGAGAACAAGGGAUAUCUGAAUGUCUUUUCCCUCAAUUAUUUCUUUAGGGCCAUACAAGAACUAAUGAAAAUCCAUGGACAAGAUCCUGUUUCAUUUCAAGAUGUCAAGGAUGAAAUCUUUGACAUGGUAAAACCAAAGGAUCCUUUGAAAAUCUCUCUUCAAGAUUUAAUCAACAGUAAUCAAGGAGACACAGUCACUACCAUUUUAAUCGAUCUGAAUGGUUUCUGGACUUACGAGAACAGAGAAGCCCUUGUUGCAAAUGACAAUGAAAACUCUGCAGACCUUGAUGAUACAUGAUCUCUGAAAGACUAGACUGUCUUCAUUAAGAUACUUGAAUGCUUCAUGCAGAAUCUUUGAAGCAGAAUCCUUGGAUAUGAUCUAAAUAAAACAAUAUAUCUAUACAACG